UUUUAAGGAAAAGAAACUGAAAUCCAAGCCGAGCAACAACAUUUGAUCCCAGUGGAGAGCUGCUGCUGCAUCACAGUGAAGUUCCAGACUGAGGGUCAGCCGGGAGGAAUGGGGAAGACACGUCUGACGAUACGUGAUGUGAAGCCAGAGGACCGGGAUCAUUAUCGGGUGGAGGUCCUUCAUUCUGAUGGGCUACAAGUGUUUGCUAUAAAAGAGAUGAAUGGCGUUGUGAUGAUUGAACCCAAGGAUGACAGAGUGACCCUCACCACCGACAUGGAGAAUGUGACAAAGCUGACCUGGAAGAAUUUCGACGUCCCCCUAUUUGAUUGGACGGUCUCAGGUCUCAAGUUCCACACCAAUAACAUCUCUGUGGAGGCGGGAUCUGUCGCUGUGAAUGACGCGUUGGGAAAGGAAUCCUACAGAGUAAAUGUUCACAGUACUGCCAACAACACAGUCCAGGAGGAAGGCCGCCUGGAGAGCCAGCCCAUCGGCAGCAUCACAUUUCACCCCAAAAAGAUGGCCGACAAGGCUCAGAUCACCUGGAAGAAGGACGUUAAGGCGAUGGACGAAGAUGAGCGCAUUAAGUAUGGUCCAAAUGGUGACCUCACAAUAUACAAUGUGACUUCCGAGGAUAAAGGCAAAUAUACCGUCCAAUGUGGAGAUCGGAACCUGGAGCAGGUGUUCUUCCUUCAUUUGUAA